AUGCAGAUCUGCCAGCGACGCAUUAUGGGCCGUGCUGACUCCCGAGCCCAGCUGCAGCAGCUUUCCCUUUAUUGCCUCCAUCCAGACGCGAAGCUACCGUCUUCCUUCUUCCAGCUAACGGCUCUGCACACCCUUGUUCUAACAGACGCGUCCGCGUUAGAAGUUCCUGACCUGGCGAAUCUCACUUCCCUCACCACGCUCCUGAUCGCAUCUCUGAAACUCACGUGCGAGCAGCUCUCCAGCCUCGUUCACCUGCGCAGCCUCACCAGCAUCUCCAUCUCGCAAGUAACGCAAGUUGACGACUCCGCUGCUCUCCCCAUCGCACAGCUUCCCAAGUUAAGGUCGCUGGACUUCGCGGGAUGCUGUCCUGACUUGUUCCCGUCAGAAGAGCCGAGCAGCAGCGUCGAGCGGCUGCUGAUCUCCCAGUUUAAAGACGUAGAUAUUCCCGACGACAUUGCACAGCUGCUGCCGCGUCUUCGGGAGCUCUCCAUUCGCGAGUGCGAUUGUGUUUUUGAGCUGUCCGAGAACUUCACUUCCCUCAGCAAUCUGGAGACUUUGAUCAUCUCCACCUGCGAGUAUUUCCGCAGCCUGCCCGAGAAUUUCGGGCAGCUGCCUGUUCUGAAGACUUUGGUGCUGGACGGACUGCAUAUCCCCGAGCUUCCAGACUCCUUCUGCCAACUCACAUCCCUGGAAACGUUCAUACUGACCGACUUCGGUGAAAUCGAGCAACUGCCUGACGGAUUCUGCAACCCCACAUCGCUGCAGACCCUCUGCAUCAUCCACUUGGAUUUGAAAGAGUACGAUUUCUCGAUUCCAGACUGCAUUAGGCUUCCAAGCGAGCUCGGGUGCGACCUGCCGCAGCUACGGCAGCUGCGGCUGCACAUCACCAAGGGAUUGACAGAGCUGCCAGAGACCAUCACGCUGCUCCGGCACCUCACAUCGCUGGACGUGGAAUGGGCUUCCCAGCUAGCCUCACUCCCGGAUGGCAUGGGUGCCUUAUCCAGGCUGAGGAGGCUGCGCCUGUGCCACUGCUCAGCGCUGCAGCGCCUCCCCGCCUCCCUCACCCGCCUCUCAUGCCUUCACGAGCUGAACGCGGAGGAAACAUGCAUCCGCGCCCUUCCCCCCGGCAUUGCGCAGCUGACCAGGCUGAGGUGGCUUGACUUGGGCGAGUGCAAGCAGUUGCAGGUGCUGCCAGAGGGCUUGACCGACCUCAAGUUGCUGCGGUUCUUAGGGGUGAAGGGGAGUGAGACCGCGAUUGGCAGUGUUAGCGAGGAGCAGGAACUUGGCUUUGAUAGAAUGUACGACUUGAGGACAGACGUUGCUGGCGAGUAG